AAUGACUCCAGAAGAAGAGAGGACUACCACUAUUAUGAUUUAGCUUGCCGGGUGUGGAAAACAUAAACUGGGGGAAUGGGUGACCUACAACCACAGGGGGAUAUUUUGAAGAUGUCCCAUCGAGAGAACUGGAAGGUGCAGCAUGAGCGUCUGCAUGUAAAGCACCGUGGCCACGAGGCCAUGCAUGCGGAGAUGGUGCUGAUCCUCAUCGCCACGCUGGUGGUGGCCCAGAUAGUUCUGGUGCAGUGGAAACAGAGGCACAGCCGCUCCUAUAACUUGGUGACGCUGCUGCAGAUGUGGGUGGUGCCGCUCUACUUCACGGUCAAGCUGUACUGGUGGCGCUUCCUCUCCACCUGGGGUAUGUUCUCCGUCAUUACCAGCUACAUCAUCUUCAGGGCCACGCGCAAGCCCCUCUCCGGCAGAACACCCAGAAUGGUGUACAAGUGGUUCCUGCUGAUCUACAAGCUGAGCUACGCGGUGGGGGUGCUGGGAUACCUGGCCAUCAUGUUCACCAUGUUCGGAUUCAACGUCCUCUUCAGAAUCAAGGCAGAGGACUCCAUGGACGUGGGAGUUAUCAUGCUCUUCUAUGGCCUUUACUAUGGAGUCAUGGGACGGGACUUUGCAGAGAUCUGCUCCGACUACAUGGCCUCCACCAUAGGGUACUACAGCAAGACGGGCAUGCCCACGCGCAGCCUGUGUGAUGACAUCUGUGCGGUGUGCGGCCAGAAGAUUCUGGUGGACGUGGAUGAGGAGGGCAUCCUCGAGGACACAUACCAGCUCUCCUGCAACCACAUCUUCCAUGAGUUCUGCAUUCGUGGCUGGUGCAUCGUGGGUAAGAAGCAGACGUGCCCUUACUGCAACGAGAAGGUGGACCUCAAGAGGAUGAUGAAGAACCCCUGGGAGAAAACGCACGUCCUGUACGGCCAGCUUUUGGAUUGGCUGCGGUACCUGGUCGCCUGGCAACCCAUCAUCAUUGGCAUUGUGCACGGAAUCAACUUCAGCCUUGGAUUGGAAUAGGAGGAAGUAGCAAGAACAGAGAACAACAGCGACGUACGAAACAAAAACGGAAACGGAGAUGAACUAUGAACCAUUUUUUGUAGCAGCUUGCACGUUUUUUAUUUUAUUUUUAAUUUUUUUGUUUGUUAGUAUUUAUAAUAUGUACAUUCUGUACAUUACCAUGUAUAGACAAUGCAGAUGCUUUUUGUACCAUAUUAUUUAUUUAACACAGUAUCAAGUGCUUCUCACAGCCAGCACAACCAAUGACUUUGCAUUCUAAAGGGCGGGAUUUGAACAUAUGGAAAGUGAAUGUGACAUAAUCUUUUGUUUGUUUUUUUGUGGUGCCCAUGUGACAUGAGACACAUGUGGCUUUGCUGACUGUAAGCUUGCUUUCCUUAUUUGUUUACUUGCUGUGGGAUGUAUUUACUUCCUAUUAUUUUACCUCACCUCACCCUCAACCUCUCACCCCCACCCAGAGCCUAUUCCUAAAAAGAGAUUUAGUUACCAACCUAGCCUACCUGCAAAUGUCCUGAUAAAAGACUUGGAAGUUCAUAUGCUUAAGUUUGAAAGAAAAAGAAGAAUCUGCACACUUGCUGCUGCAACAUGGUGUGAGGUCAAAACGUUGGGUGUAAUGAACUGGGAGCAGCAACAGUCUGCAGAGUUGUCUUUUUUUUUCUUUUGUAUUUAUUUUUUAUCCAGCAUAUGUUUAAUUGGAUGUGUGUGCACUCCAAAGGUUACUGGUCAGUUUUACUAGACUGUUACUAGAUUCACCGCUCGUUCUAAGUGAACAUACACCACUAAAAGCACGUUCAGGCCAACUGAGGACCGUGCUGGUGACCGUUCCCACACCUUAUCUCGAACCGGUCGGCGUGUUGACGCCGCAAGUCUGAGCGUUAGAGCACCGGAAAGUUGGUUUGGGAUGCAAACCGAAAAAAUACUGUUUUUUUUCUACGCAAACCGUGACGGUGGCCAUCAGCAGGUUCAUCCUGGUAACACACAGUCACAUGCGGAAAAGUUCAAAGGCCGGUAGAUUCAGACCUGCGAGUGGUUCGCAGCUAAGCACUGUAGUUCUGUACAUAACAGGUGCGGGAACGCGCACUCUUCUGGACCCUGUUUCUCGACAGCGUCGUUGUAGCAACGACACUGUCGAGAAACGGGGUUCUGGUCGGCCUGAAAACAGUAUUAGUGACUUAACCUGUUUUCUCUAACAUGCCCUGUGCCCUGCCAGCCUUGUCGUUUUUUUGCCAUUGAGAACAUCAGCUGCAGUGCCAAUAAGAGGUUCCCCUGUCCAACUUGAACAACACACAAGGAAACGCUGCCUUCACAUUGGAAGUGACUGUUGACGGAUCCCGUUGACUUUGCAUGGGGGGGGGGAGACACAAAAUAAAUUCUGGGGUGCCUUGCCUCCACCAGAAUUUUCAACUCUUGACUGUUGUGACAGAUCCAUCAGCCAAUCAGACCGCACGUGUGGACGGGCGCGUUCAUGCCGGAGCAGUCUGCGUAGUGUGCAUGUGCACUUCACUAUUUCAAUGCCAUUUGGUUAGACCUUUCUAACAAGAAUGUAUUGUAAUUUUGAAUUGUGUGUGUGCGCUGCGGAGACCGCUCCUGGAUGCAUCAUCGCGAAUGUACCCAAGGUGACACACGAAAAGACAACCCCCGUUAUGUCAGACAUGCCUUCCGACAACCAUCGACGGUCAGUGCCAAUGUGAGCGUCAGGGGAAAAGCACUGGUGGUGAGAGAUGACCACUCUCUCACCCCAGGGCUUCUUGUGUGUAAAAUGAGAGUACUGUAAUGUUUAAAAGGGGGCAACCUGCUUGUGUUAUUUGUUAAUGGUUUUUUAGUUCAUUUUGUUUUUGGAAGGGAUUGGGGUCAAGAGGAGAGGGAACGAGUCAAGAAGGUGUCAAUUCCAGGUUCAAAAAGUGAAAAGCAGAGAGGUUAAGGGUAUGACGAGAGACUUCACUCGACACUUUUCCGGGUGGUGCACUGCGCCAACAGAGGAGUGCAGGCUCCAUUAAGAAUGAAUAGGAUGUGCUCUCUCGACAGCACCCCUAGUUGAAUGGCAGGCAUGGGGCAUAGGGAGUGGGGAGGCUGCUGUAAACCGGCUGUGGUGAAAACCUUCUCGUGUUCAGCUGCUGCACCAGUUUGAAAUGCGUUCCUCCUCGAGCUCCUGUUUCGUUUUAUCAAAUCUUGCAACAUUCUGGAAAGUUUUGUGAGCCAAUUUGCCAGUUUACUUCCAACACCGGUGACUGAUUAGCUGGUCUACCUACCUGUCUUGUGGUCCCAUCACAAUCAUAUGGAUCAUAUGAAUGCUAGGGAUGUUU